AUGAGCCGCCACAGCGCUUCCUUGUUUAGCCUAUGUAUUCUGCUUUAUCUUUGGCCCAUUCACGGCCAAGAAUUGCACAACAUCACCCCCGUCGCUCCCCCGACCAAUGCAUCGCUGGAGGUGCGGAUUAUUAGUGCGCAGAUGCUGGAGCCCAGUAUGUCGUUGGGGCUGGUGUUUAUCGGUGCUGCCAUGCAUUUGGCCGUGCGACGCGCCAACGAGAAAUAUGCUCAAAGGGGACUGCGCUUUGUGGUGCGCCCCGUGGAGGGUAUGUACAGCCAGUCCUGCCUGACGGCCGGCACCUACGGGGUUCCCAACGUCACGGAUUACUACUACAUGCACCAUCUGGACCAGCACACGCCGGGAGUGUGCAACAUAUACUUCACACAUUCUUGUACAGACUACUUCCAAAUGCUAUGUUUAUCCAGCGAAUGGAAUGCCUUCUUUUUCAACAAUGGCAUCGCGACACUGCUGUCCUUUCCGCCGCGGUCCUUACCGGCGUACUCCAUUAACCUAGCCGGCACUGAAAUGAGUGUGGCGCGCACCCUAUGGCGUAUCAUGGGAAACUUUAACUGGUCGCACGUGGCCUUCAUCUUGGAUACAAAAUCACCCUCCAUUUUCUACUCCACCAUUCUAAACGCAGCCAAACGGCCUCCGCUGCGUGAUGGGCACGUGGACCCAUACGUCAGUAUCACCACGUAUCCCGUCCAGGCCAGUGACAACGCCUCCAUUGUCACCGGUUUGCUGCGGGCCAAGGAGAGCAGCCGCGUUUUCGUCCUUUUUGCAACAGCUUCCGUAUCCUAUCUGAUAACGGUUUUUCUCAGUAUCCAGCCUGUCCAAAAUAGCUACUACGGCAAAGCGUCGCUCUUCAACAACCCUACGCCCUUGAUGUUGAACCUAACGCGAAACUUUAUCUACAUGACCUUUCAUGAAUCCGGCGGCACAGAUUACAAACGGCAGAUGAACAGCGAUUUGCGGCAGCUGACGUAUGACCUCUACAACGUCACCUACGAACCAGGAUUCCAGCCAUUGAGCAACCAUCCGACUGGCAAGGCUUACACGUCCAUUGAGCUGAUUAGUCAAGUGCUGGCCGACAAUAUGGAAGAUUACCAGAAAGGGACUACAGCACAGCGCGCUGCCUUCUGCACCGGCGACCACCUCGCUUCGCUCUUCUUCAAUCAAACCUUCAAACUGCCGCAGGAGGAAGUGUCCAUCGAUGCUAGUGGCUUUUCCACCAUGGAUGUCGACAUCUGGAUGUUCGAUUCGCAGACCAGGAAUAUGAGCGUAAUUGCCGUGUAUCGUGCCGUCAGUGGUAACUUCGAAUGGCAGAACACUUCAGAGAUAGAUUGGCGGCCUCCACUGGAUGUCCCCCUGUGCGGUUUCUCUGGAACGGAAGGACCUUGUCGACCCCAAGGGGUCGUUUUUGCAAACAUCGUUGCGCCGGUAGUAGUGGUGCUACUUAUCGUAUUUUGUGCAGCACUCUUUGGAGUCCGGAGAAGACUGGGGCGCAACAUCAGAUCCGGCUAUUGGUGGCUGCUCAGCGAAGAAGACUUGGAUGCCGGUGUGGUGAUGGGCGCGACUGAAGUAGUCAAUCCCGUGUCAUGGAGAAGCACAACAGUAUGGAUGACCACGAUGGACGUCCAAGGAAGACCCAAUCUGUCGCUGUUGAGGAAGCUCGUGCCCGAUGCAACGCAUCCUAAUGUCAACGCGCUGCUGGGUGUGGUCAUUUUGCCGCAUCGGGCUUUUAUUCUCUCUGACUACUGCAAACGCGGGUCACUGCCGAUGAUCCUGGAAGUGAUGAAGCUAGACCAGGACUUCCAGUUGUCAAUGGCACGGGAUCUAGCCAAGGGUCUGAACUACCUGCACAACAGCAUCGGUCGACCGCAUGGGCAUUUACGUUCCGCCUGCUGCCUCAUCGACGACCGCUUCACACUCCGCAUCGGCCAGUUCGGGUUUGCUGCUAUUAGCCACGCCUUAUUCAAAGGCGUGGGUUUUUCUGCUCCCAAAAAAGCACAAGGCUUACCGGCUGACAUGUACGCUGCUGGCCAGAUCCUCUUGCUCAUCGUUCAUCAGCACACCACUAAGACCACCUCCCGACUGGCGGUCAAAGCAGCGUCGAUUGAAGUGGAAGCCGCGGAAACGGAUGCAGCCGGAUACGACGCAGAAAGCCGUUUGGUACUGCUGGCUAACAGAUGUCUCUACAGCAACGCCGCAUUGCGACCAACCGCCAAACAGCUGUUAACCGGCAUCGGGCGGUUGCGCGUUGCUGGUCAGUCGGCGUCGCGCAGUAUAGUUGAGCGUAUAAUUCGCCGCUUCGAGGCUUAUACGCAGGUUUUGGAUGAAGCGGUGCGAAUAAAGACCGUAGAACUACAGAUGGAACGGAAGCGGUGUGAUGAUCUCCUUAGGGAACUGCUUCCCAGAUCCGUGGUGGAGCAGCUCCGAAACCGGGAAGUAAUGGUGGCAGAGUAUUAUCCCUGCGUCAGCGUCUUUUUCUCGGACCUCGAUGGCUUCGUCACGUGGGCGAGCAGCGUGCUACCCGAAAUGGUCAUCGGCACGGUGACAACAUUAUUUUGCGCCUUUGACGGGGCUAUCCAGGAGAUGAACGUGUACAAAGUGGAGACGAUCCGCGACAGCUACAUGACAGUUAGCGGCAUCCCACCUCGGGGCGAUCACCACCAUGCUUCAGAGAUCUGCCGGAUGGCCGUUAAACUGAUGAAAGUGUUCGAAGAUAUUGAAGCAUCAUCGAAGAUGGAUGGUCAUUCAAGGGAAGAAAGAACUGCGGAGCCGGUUUCACUGCGACUGCGAUGUGGUAUCCACUCGGGUCCUUGUUGCGCCGGAGUAAUCGGCAUGCGCGUUCCGCGUUACUGUCUGUUCGGCGACACAGUGAACGUCGCGGCCCGCAUGAACAGUCACGGUGAGGGCGGCCGCAUCCACCUCAGCCAAGCUACCCACGAUCUGCUGGUUGGCAGUGACGCUGGACUCCGCUUCCGGCUGCAGGAAAGAGGAAUGUUGUCCGUUAAGGGCAAAGGGGACAUGCGCACAUUCUGGCUCUCAUCCUAACUCUCCUUACAGUCAUCGGCACCGGAAACGAUUUUCGGAAAACCCCUGAAAUCAGUUACC